AUGUUGACAACGACUCGCCUACCGAGAUUUUUGGAACUAGCACACCAACGGGGCAUCCUUAUCCUCAGCUACUAUCCCAUCAUAUACACCAAGCCGCUCAAACCGCUUCAUCCGGAGUGGCUGAUGCAGUUUCUGGACAAUGGCAGACCGGAGAUUGAGAAUUUGGGGUGGUUCUGUUUUAACUCACCCUACCGGGACUGGUUGCCGGAAUAUCUCCUCGAAUGGUUGGACAAUCUUGAUAUUGAUGGCUUCUACUUCGACGACACCAACUACGGGUCCCAUGAGGAGCGCCCCUUUUCCCCCUCCUGUUGUUGUGAGUACUGUGAAAAACUAUUUCGGAAAGAGACAGGGUUGGAAAUUCCUCGGAAGGUUGACUUUGACUCUCUAGAUUUCCGACACUUUGUCAACUGGCGCUACGAGAAGAUGAAGGAUUUUUAUGCACCAUCUCUUCCGGCGGAUUAG